GGCUGGGGAGAUACAGUAAGUUCCUUUGGACCUGCUCCCAAGCAAGGCGGGCACUCAGGGCUGCUCUCACCCUUUUCCCACUGUCCUCCGCAUUCCCCUCCUCCUCCUCAGUUGGGGCUACUACAUAUGGGAAGGUGGGAAAGGUGACCUAGAUGAUCAGAGGUCUGGAAGCCAAGCCUUAUGAGGAACAGCCGAAGGAGCUGGGUAUGUUUGGCUUCGAAAAGAGCAGACUGGUAGGAGAUACGAUAGCAGUCUUCAAAUACUGUAUCUCAAGGGCUGUCACCUGGAAGAGGGAACAAGCUUCUUUUCUCCUGCACUGGAGUAGGGUUGCCAUAUCUUGAAGAGCAAGAAAGGGGACAGCCCGAGCCGCUGCCAGCCUGUGCUGGGGAAAGAGGCACGCAGGGCCACCACUGCCAUGAAGACAUGUCCAAGAUUUCCCAGACAUAUGGCAACCCUACUCUGGAGGGUAGAACUCGAACCAACGGCUUCAAGUUACAAUAAAGGAGAUUCUGACUCAACAUACAGAAAAACUUUGUGACAGUAAGAGCUGUUCGGCAGUGGAACAGUCUCCCUCAGGAGGUUGUGGACUCUCCUUCCUUGGAGGUUUCUAAGCAGCAGUUGGAGGGCCAUCGGCCAUGGAUGCUUUAGCUGAGAUUCCUGCAUUGCAGUGGGGUUGGACUCGAUGACCCUCGGGAUCCCUUCCAAUUCUAUGAUUCUAUGUUCCGACUGGGUGCUGUGGCAUCGUACUAACUCCUAAAAUUAAAUCCAAAAGGACAUCAUUUGGUCCCUCUGACUCAAUCUGAUUGCAGGGACUGUAUAUUUAAGUACUGUACAGUAUGUUCCUCCUACUGCAUUCCAGCCUGACUCCUCCCAAACUCAGAUUUAUUGCCAAAGCAACAACUCGUGGACUCCAAUCUCCAGGGCAGAGCCGUUCAAACUUUGGAGGCUUGGCAUUGCAGCUUUGUGGCUUGAGCUCCUGGCUGUCAUGGAUGCACUGGAAGCAAUAUGGGGCUUGCUGCGCAUUUUGCUCGCAGUGGCUCUUCUGGCUUUUGGCCUUUAUUGCUGCUACAUAAAAUCAGUCCACAUGAGGUAUGAUCACAUCCCUGGAGCCCCAAGGGUGAGCUUUUUUCUUGGUCAUGGGCCACUCAUUUGGAAAAUGGUUAAAAACCAGGAGCCAUUUGCAGAUCUCUUUCUGCAGUGGGCUGAAGAAUAUGGACCAGUUGUGCGUUUUAAUAUACUUCACAAAGCUGUGGUCUUCGUAUCAAGUCCCGAAGGAGUGAAGGAGUUCCUGUUGUCACCACAGUACCCAAAAGACCAAGAAUAUGAGCGUGCUUCUAAUCUAUUUGGAGAAAGAUUUUUAGGGAAUGGAUUAGUAAGUGAUCUCGACCAUGCCCACUGGUACAAAGAGCGGAGAAUUAUGGAUGUGGCUUUCAGUCGAAGUUACCUCACUCGCUUGAUGGGAACCUUCAAUGACCAAGCAGACAAACUUAUAGAGGAGCUGGAGGGAAAAGCCGACGGAAAAACUGAAGUCGAUAUGCUGAGCCUGCUGAGUCGAGUGACCCUGGACAUCAUUGCAAAGGUGGGCUUUGGCCUAGAACUGAACACUGUCUAUGAUGACCAGACACCUUUUCCACGUGCCAUAUACAUGGCCCUACAAGGACUAUCCAAAUCUCGCAUUCCUUUUUUCGAGUACAUGCCAUGGAACAGAAAAGAAGUGAAAGAUGCUCAGGAGAGCGUAAGGCUGCUACGUCGUACCGGGAAGGAGUGUAUUGAACAGAGGCGUAAGGACAUGCAGGAUGGAGAAGAGAUCCCGUUGGAUAUUCUCACUCAGAUACUGAAGGGUGCAGCACAAGACGAGGGCUGCAACAAUGAACUGAUGUUGGACCAUUUUGUCACCUUCUUCAUUGCAGGUCACGACACCUCUACUACCCAGUUAAGUUUCACCAUAAUGGAGCUGUCACGAAACCCUGAGAUAGUUGCAAAACUUCAGGCUGAAGUAGACAAUGUCAUUGGUGUGAAGAGAGACAUCGCCUAUGAAGAUCUUGGGAAGCUCCAGUACUUAUCUCAGGUUCUCAAGGAAACCUUGCGCUUAUACUCCCCGGUUCCCAUUGUUCCUCGCUGGACAGGGAAGGAAACCAUCGUUGAAGGAGUCAGAAUUCCAGCAAACACAACUCUGAUGUUUAGUCAAUAUGUCAUGGGACGCAUGAAAAGGUUUUUCAAAGACCCGCUUAUCUUCAAUCCUGACCGGUUUAGCAAAGACCAACCAAUGCCAUACUUUUCCUACUUCCCAUUUUCCCUGGGAGCUCAUACCUGUAUCGGGCAGCUAUUUUCACAGAUGGAGGCUAAAGUGGUGAUGGCCAAAUUUCUGCAGAGGUUUGAAUUCCAGCUGGUCCCACCGCAGAGCUUUAAAAUUAUGGACACAACAUCGCUGAAGCCAUUAGAUGGCUUAGUAUGCAGACUGAGACAACGCCGCCAGCUUCGCUGUGAAGGAAAUUAAAUAACCGGCAGUAGGAUAUUGUCAUUCGCAGCUUGAAUUCCUACUGGUCAGAAACAUGGGUCGGGAAAUAUAAUUAUGGCAUGCUAAUCACAGUGGCUUUUACAUUUUAAAGUCACGUUCAACCACCAUAUAAGGGCUUCUGUAUUGUUGCAAUAUCACCAAGUAAAUGAUGUGUUUAUAAAUGAUAAAAAAGUAGGUUUUGAAGGCAAAAGGUCCAAAUUUCAAAUAGUAUUGUUGGAAGGAAGGACAAAAUUGUUGUCAAAAAUGUAUGAUUUGUUGUUAGAAUGGUAUAUGAAGGAUGAACUGUCAAAAGAUGUGAUGAUAAAAUGGGCAAAAGAUUUUGGGUAUAAUAUUGACUAUGAUGCGUGGUUGAAGUUGUGGAAUCAAACAUUGAAAUUUACUGCAUGUACUGCCCUGAAAGAGAAUGUCUUGAAGAUGUUGUACAGAUGGUAUUUAACACCAGUAAAAUUAGCCAAGAUGUAUAGGAUGAGUGGUAAAACAUGCUGGAAAUGUAAAGAGAAGGAUGGUGAAUUUUAUCAUAUGUGGUGGACAUGCGAAAAAGUUAAAAGAUUUUGGGAAAUGAUGUACAAUGAACUGAAAAAGAUUCUUAAAUAUACCAAAACCUGAAGCUUUUCUAUUAGGACUUAUAGGACAGGAGAUUGUGAAAGGAGAUCAAGUAUUAUUUAUGUAUGCAACAACCGUGGCUAGGACUUCGUUAGCCCAAAAAUGGAAAACUCAGGAGUUACCGAGGAUUGAAGAGUGGCAGACAAAAAUGAUGGAUUAUGCAGAAUUAGCAAGACUGACUAGCAGGAUCCGAAACCAGGGAGAGUCAAAGUUCCAAAAGGACUGGAGUAAAUUUGUGGACUAUAUGGAAAAGAACUGUAGAAGUUUAAAGACACUUGCAGGACUGAAAUAAAUCCUACAAAUUGACUUUAAAUAGAAGGAAUAAAGAAACUGCAAGACAGGAAUGGACAAAAAAACCGACUGAGGGGGAGGAAGGGAAGUCAAAGCUCGGCAGAGCAAAGAAAAUUGUAAUAAUUGAUAAGAUGUUUAGAAGAACAAUUUUGUGUUUAGUAUGUUUAUGUUGUGUUUGUUGUUGCUUGUUUUGUUUGUUAUGUUAUUGUUUAAAUGUGUUUAAUUGGAAAAUUUAAUAAAAUGUCUUUUUAAAAAAUAAAUAAAUAAAUAAAGGCUUCUGUAUUAAAACUCAGUGGCU